AUGGAUCCCCACUUGGCGGCAGUGAUCGAGGCCAGCUACGCUGCUCAGACAGAGACCGCGCGCGCGGAAGAAGAGGAAGAGAUGCUGCGACAGGCCAUGGAGAUCUCGCGAAAGGAAGAGGAGCGGCGUCAGAACCAAGCCCUUCGCGAGCAGCAAGAGCAGGAAUUGCAGGAGAGUAUCUUAAUGGACCAGAUGCGAGAGCAGGAGGAGAAGCGAAGGCGUGUGGAAGAAGAGGAACAGCGCAGGGCAGUCGAGGCCUCCCAGCAAGCGGAGCUCCAACGGCAAGAAGAGGAGGAGCGCCAACGCUUAGAGAUGCACUCCGCGAAGCUGGCGAACGUGCCACCCGAGCCGCCUGCUGACGCGCCUGAGAGGGUGGACCUCCAGAUCCGUGGGCUCGAUGGCACCCGCGCCAGGCGACGCUUCCUGUCGUCAAACACGGUGGGACAGGUCUAUGACUACCUUGAAGUCGAGGGCCUUUUGCCCUUGUCAUCCGAGGAGACGUUUCAGCUGGUCUCCACGAUGCCACGCAAAGAGUACAAGGAUCGUGAGGAGACGCUCGCCCAGGCUGGCCUCGCAGGUCAAUGUGCUUUGAUGCUGGAACGGCUCUGA